AUGUUAGUUAGCUGUAAUCUUACCUGCACUGGGCUUGUCUUUGUAGCUUUGAGUGUAAGCAUUAGUUUAACACACGCUGAAAAUAUAUUGGCAAUAUUUUCAUAUGCCGUUGGUGCGCCUUAUUUGCUAGUAAGACCCCUUAUCAAGAGACUUGUUGAACGAGGACAUGAAGUGACCGUAGUUUCAUCCGCAAUGUAUUUUCCCACAAUCAAUGGGACACAUCAUAUUCGUGUCCACAAACUAGACCAGCUUAUGCAAGAAUUAUCGGAACCGGAACUUGAUUUUCCCACCAAUAAAUGGACUGAAGCUAAAUUUGUAUCCUAUUUCUAUUACUACUCCUCUUAUCACAUUUUGGCUGAUCCUCAAGUGCAACAGAUACUACACAACUCAAGUGCCCACUUUGAUAUGAUCAUUGUGGAUACACCCCAUUCAGAUGCACUUUGUGGAUUUGCCAAGCACUUUAAUGCUCCCAUGGUUGGCAUUGCUGCUUAUGGUGCGGCUUGGAUUGUGGAUUAUUUGGCUGGCAAUUCAGCGCCAAGUGUAACUGAGCCCGUUUCACAUAUGGGCUAUACAUAUGAAAGUACAAGCCUACUAAAUAAAUGGCGCAAUUGGAUUUUCCUUACUGAGGAAUGGUUAUUGGCCCGUCUGAUUUACUUACCGCCACAAACCAAACUAUAUAGACAAUAUUUUAAUGACUCAUAUUCAAAUUUCGAUGAGAUUCGUCGAAACUUUUCAUUGAUUUUGGUUAACCAACAUUUCAGUCUAGGUCGUGCGAGAUCCAAUGUGCCGAAUUUAAUUGAAAUAGCUGGCAUGCAUAUGUGUUUCCAAAAGGAUUGUAAACUAGAUGCCAUGCCAGAGGAUUUGCAGCGUUUCAUGGACGAGGCGGAGCAUGGUGUUAUUUACUUCUCAAUGGGUAUAGAAAUACUUGAAAAUUGGCUACCAAAGCAUAUGAUACAAACGUUAUCGGAAACGUUUUCGAAACUAAAACAACGUGUGGUAUGGAAAAUUGAUAAUUGGGAAACGCGUCAAAACAAAUCCGAUAAUGUCUUCUAUGGCUCAUAUCUGCCGCAACAACAAAUACUCAAUCAUCCUAAUGUCAAGCUCUUUAUUACCCAUGGUGGCCUUUUGAGUAUCAUUGAGACAACUUAUUAUGGUGUACCCAUACUAAGUUUACCAUUUUAUUAUGAUCAAUUUUGGAAUGCCCAACGCAUGCGUUUGGCAGGUGCAGGUGAAACUCUGGAUCUCCAUUCAAUGAAUGUCGAAAUAUUGAAUCGGAGUAUUCAUCAGAUUCUGCAGAAUCCUUCAUAUGCCACAAAUAUCAGAAGAAUGUCCACCCAAUUUCGUGAUCAACCCAUGAAACCAUUGGAAACUGCUGUCUGGUGGAUCGAAUAUGUUCUAAGGCACAAGGGAGCUCACUAUAUGCGUCUGGCCGAACACGAUAUGGCUUUCCUGCAAUACUAUAACAUUGAUUUAGUAUCUAUAAUUCUCGGUCGAAUUGGCCUUACUGCUAUAAUUGUGAUUUUAUUAGGUUACAAAUUAACAACAUUUUUUAUAGUUCAUUCACAUAUGAGUCUGAAUAUUCCACUUAUCAGAUGAUAAACGAAAGGCUGCUCUGUUUUAGUGAGAGGGCAACAUAUAUAGAAAGAGAGAGAGAGAAGAUCAUCACCAAAUAAUUGGUUGAUAAAUUAAUCGCAUACAUAUUUUGGGAUAAUUGCUAAGUGUCUGUUGUAUUGUUUUUUUUUUUUUUUGCUUUGAUUAAAUUGACCUUCGUAUGUACUUGUAUAAUUUAUUACUCUUCUGAUAAUGAUUUGUAAGUAUAAGGGUACUUUGAAAUUGAAACCUCACAUGUGCAUUGUCGGACAUAAUAAACCCUUCGUGGAACACUAUAAAUUUAACCUACCUCCCAGACUCGAGAGUAUAAUUAUAAUU